UCAUUUACUACGUUUAUUUCGAAGGUUCAAUCCGGAUGGAAACUCAAGCGGCUUGAUAAAUCCCACGUUAAUCCUCGAAAUAAACGAUCGAGAUUAAUUGUUCAAGCGGCUUAGAAAAAUUAAUCCAAUCCCAACAAUUUAAGAGGAUUGGCUUAAGGUAAGCCGCUUCAAAUUUACGAAAUAAACGUUUUAACCCAUUUUUAAUCCGGAUCCAGCUUUUGUGCUUAACUUCAUUCACAUUUAAACUGUCAUAAUUGUCAAAAUCAGCUGUGAAGCUAGAAAUGCUGGAAAAUUUGUUUUGUUUACAUACAGUUUGUUUUGCUUUUUAAUAAUUUAUUAUUCGGGGUCAUGAAACUUAGUAAAAAGGAAAUUGCAAUAAUUUCUGCCAUGUACUUUAUGUGUGCUAGCAGCAUUGUUUUAAAUGCAACCCUGAUACUAAUGGAAUGGAAACGAAGAAAACGUGAAAGAAAUUGCAUGAAGAUGCAACUGCUUACUCACCAGCUAUUGGUGAACAAGGCACUUAUAGAAAAUUUAAAGAAACGGAAACGUUCAAAGAAUAAAAAACGAAGCUAUGAAUGGUGGGAAAAUAUUGUAAAGAAGGAAUUUUCUGAAAAAGAUUGGUUGGAAAAUUUUCGCGUGGGAAAAGACUCAUUUAGAUUUAUUGUGGAAGAGCUGAAAGAGGAACUAAAGCCAAAGGAGAAUUUUUUAAAUAAUGCUAGGAUCAUUUCAUGUGUCGAAAAGAAAGUUGCAGUGGCCUUAUUUUAUUUGGCAAGUGUUUGUGAAUACCGAGUUGUAGGUCAUACUUUUGGAAUUCACAAGUCCACUGUACAUAACAUUGUCCAUGAAUUUGUAAAUGUAGGGAUUAAAGUUUUGCUUCCACAGUAUAUCAAAAUACCAUCUGAAGCAGAAGCUAUUGAAAUUGCAUCAUAUUUUGAACGAUCUACACAUCUCCCUAAUAUCAUUGGCGCAAUAGAUGAAACACACAUUCCAGUAAGGCCUCCUACAGAAGGUCAUAGAGACUUUAUUAAUAGAAAAGGCUGGGCUUCCAUUAUUCUUCAAGGAGUGGUAGAUUCAAAGUACCGAUUCUGGAACAUAUGUAUUAAAAAUCCUGGAUCAACACAUGACGCUUCAGUUCUAGCUGGGUCUGCCAAAGGUAAGUACCUACCUAUAGGUGUAAAAAAAUCUGUAACUCUUACUUAUUUAAUAUAUAAAUAUAUAUAUACUUAUGUAAUACUAUUUUUUUCAGGGUUCAAUUGAUUUAGGAGGAAUACCAAUCCCCUAUGUGAUUUUAGGUGAUCCUGCAUACCCACUGCUUCCCUGGCUAAUGAAGCCAUAUGCAAAUCGUGGAAUAACACCUGAACAAGAUUCUUACAACGUUUAUACAAGUGCUGGAAGGGUGGUUGUAGAGAAUGCUUUUGGUAGACUGAAGGCUCGCUGGAGGAGGCUACUAAAACAAUGUGAUAUGAAUUACAAAUUUAUACCUAAGUUAGUGGCAGCAUGCUGCACUCUUCAUAACAUUGCAGAAACAAGAAAGUGUCACUUUAUUCAUAAUUGGAUAGAAGAAGUUGAAAAGG